GCGCCGGCCACCAAGUGUCAUUUGCAAAUGUGGAAAGCAAUCCGAGUUGGUUGCAACAAUAAUCAAAGCCGGAUUCCAAUCGCGUUUUCCAUGGAAGGUCACGCAACAACCCGUCGGCUGUGGAUGGCAACCUCCGAUCCCGCACUGCAUGGCCGCCUGGCUGCCUAUAUAUAUUCUACACGUACCAGCAGCCAAGGUCGUCGAUCCACCCACGCCUUCGCUUCGUCUGCUAGCUCCGGCGGCCAUGGCGUCCACCGGGCCACAUCCAACCUCUGCACGCGCCGCCCCUCCGUCCCCGCACUCCUCGUCGUCGUCGACCAACUCCAACGCCGACCUCAUCAUCCUGUCGUCGUCCGACGACGACGACCGGGCGGCGGGCACCCGCAAGAUGAGGCGCGCGCCCAUCUACCAGAAAUGGCGCUUCAGCGACGAGGUCGACCUCCUCACCUGGCUCGCCGCCGAGCGCCGCAGGUGCGGGGAGCUGCCGUCUUGGUCCGAGCUCUUUAAGGCCCUCACGAAGAAGGAACGAGACGCGCCGGCGCUGAAGCGGGCGAACCUCACCGCCCCCGACCUCAAAAAGAAGCCUGGUACGAUGCAGGAUCCGAUCCGGAGUUCGACCCCAACGAUGACGGAUGGUACGACUGAGGCCUGUGCUACGCUCGAGUUGCCUGUGGAGGAGAACCCCGAAGGUGGAGGACGGCCAGAGGCCUAGUUACCGCUUUACGUUUUCUGCUUGAAUCGCUCUAGCCAAGAGGCUUGUAAUAAAUUCCGUACUAUAAAUCCUAUGGAUUUAUGUAAUAAUUAAACCCAUGUUUGACCUUAUGCGGAGUAUGACUGUGAUAUUAUGCCUGAAAUGAGUUCUGUAUGUGAUAGCGCUUGAUCUAGGAACUAUCACAAUGAUACAGGGAGUCGGAUUCCUCAAUUUGGAAAUCCGGUUCGUUUCAGCAGCCAACGUAAGAUAACAGUGGGUGUUUCAAGAUACAGCAAAAUAGAAGCU